AUGGUUGCUCUCAUCGCAGACCAGCUCGCCGUCAAUGACGGUCCUUUGAACUCAGAGAAUGCUGCGCUAUUGCGCCCAUCCGAUCCUUCACUCCCACUAGAACAACUACGGAAGAGGUAUGAUGAAGACGGAUAUCUCUUCCUCAAGCAGGUCCUCCCUCGCGAUGAUGUUCUCUCUGCCCGCGAGUCAUAUUUCUCCUCUCUAGAGUCAACCGGUGUUCUCAAGCCAGGCACCAAGCCCGUCGAGGGCGUUUUUGACCCGGCCAAGUCCCACGAGGACUACCCCGGCAUUGGGGCCGGACACAUUGGUGGCAAUGGAAGGCCAGGUGGAGAUCGCGCAGCAGCCUUUGUCAACCUCGCCCUGGAUGCCCAUUAUCAAGAUUGGUAUGCCGAGAAGUUCUGCAAUCACCCAGCGCUCUACGACUUCGUCGCCAAGUUCACAGACUGGGGCAAGAACACGCUCAGUCUACGCCGAACGCUAUUAAGAAACAACAUCCCCGGCUCCAAGCCUAUUGGUGUACACUAUGAUCAGAUUUUCCUGCGUUAUGGUGACCCAACCAGUGUUACUGCCUGGGUACCCAUGGGAGACAUUAAGCUUAAUGGUGGAGGAUUAAUUUAUCUGGAAGAUGGCGACCGCAUCGGAGUCGAGAUGGAAGAAGCAUUCUUCGUCAAGGCCAAGCAAUCUGGUUUGACAGAUGAGGAGGCACGCUCGGCUUUUAACUCGAAUAUGAUGGCAACGGGCCUCCUGUCAGAAACCCCGGCUGAAUUUGCCCGGGAACAUGGCCGGCGCUGGCUGGUCUCGGCCUAUGAGGCUGGCGAUGUUGUCCUGCACAAGCCUCACAUGAUUCAUGCGUCCACUAUCAACAAUGAUCCUGAUAAUGUGAUUCGUCUCGCGACGGAUCUUCGUUUCUGUGAUUCUUCAAAGCCAUUUGACAAGAGAUGGAUGAAUGACUACCGCUUCAAUGACGGGGUUUAA